GAGCGUCUCGUGCGAGAAACCAGAAACUCCCUCGUCAGAAGAAAAGGAUACAGGGGCGACGGGGAAACAUGGAAACGGCAAUCAAAUAACCACAACAAGACUGGACAUGCAAGCGUGAGUGAAAAUGUCCAUAGUAGCAAAGCAAUGUGGAGUGAAAUUUAUUCCACCUUCAAUCAUCCUCAUAUAUGAGAACAAGAACACCAGCAAGAUGCGGAAAAGAAUCAUACCUGUGAGGAACUUCUCUCAGUAUUCAGACUGCAGCCGAGCAGCAGAGCGGAUGAAGCAUCACGUCCGUCACAGCGUCUAUCUGGAGUCCGUGUCUUUGGUCCAGCUCGAGAGACUUCACCUCAUCCUCCGGGAUCAUCUGCGGGGCCUCAGCCUGGACCAGAGUCUCGCCGCCCAACGCGGGCCCGACCCCGACGACGAGGACCUGAACAAACUGAGCGAUGAAGAGCUCGACCGCAGGAAGGCCCAGAUGGACGAGCUGUUCGAGCGCAACCGCAGACGCAAAGAGGAUCCGGAGUUCGUGUACGACCUGGAAGUGGAGUUCCCCGAGACCAGCGUGCGAGAGACGUGUAGCUGGGACGGGGAGGCGUCCGAUGAUGAGUUCUAGAACAUCGGGGACCCUUUAGAGGAAGUGAUUCAGACAUGGUGCAUUAUGGGGGUUGAUGAACAUGCUGUUUGGUCUAUCCAUUUCCCAUGGUGCAAAUCGUUUAAAGGCCACUUUAAACAGUUUUACUCUUUUGGGUUUUUAAAUAAAUUUUUAAAAAUUUUAAUAAACAAAAAAUGGAGCACAUAUAAAGUCUUAACCUCAAUGUUUUUUUUUAAAUAUGAUCUAUUAUCCGCUUACAAAAAAAUAUUACCUCAACUAAAUAAAUAGUAUAAAAUCAAGUGUUGUGUGUAACUCAUUACAAGUAACUUGAGUUAAGUAAUCAGAUUACUUUAUCAAGUACCUAAUAAAGUAACGCAUUACUUUUAAAAUUUAUUACAAAAUAUCAGUUACUUUUUUUAACGCAAGUUACUUUGUUUUCGCAUUUAUUGACAGACAGCUCUCCUGUCCAGAGAUGUGUGUAUGAGAACAUGAUAGUUCUAGAAUAAAUAAGUGUGCAUUUACUCUUCUCAUCCAACAACUAAUAAAUAUGUUUUAUGCAUUUAAUCUCACUUUGCUUCUGACCUUCGAUGAUUCAGUUAAACCAUGAGCAAAAAUGACUAUAGAUUUUAGUAACGCAAUUAGUAACAUUUUAAGGGAGUAACGCAAUAUUGUAAUGCAUUAGUUUUUUUAAAGUAACUUUCCCCAACACUUAUAAUGACACUAAAACAUCGCAAUAAUUGACAUAAAUUUUAAACGACAAGACGAAUUUUAAUGGUAAAUAUUUAUUUGUUUUUACGAAAAGCUGUACGGAACAUAUAUCCAGGGAUAGUUAAACAUGAAAAAAUAAAACGCUACUUGAUUGUCACACUUUCAACCCUGUGGAUCCUCUACCCACUACUGAUGACACCAUAUAAAGACGUACAGGUGCGUGUGUUCAAUAAGGUAGUCUCACGUCAAUAUGAAAGUAAUAUUUCAUGUUUUAUAUUUGGAUCACAUAUAGAAUCGUAAAAUAACACAAGAGCAGCGUUAACACCGCGUAAUUUCACUUUGGUAGAUCCUCUUGACAUUUUGUUUGCGCAUUAAAAACGGCUUUGAAUCGCGAAGCCACAAGUGCCGAGUCCCGUCGAUUAAAAAGUGCAUCAAAGCGGCUGGAGAAAAGACGGCAGACACUGCCAAAAUCACGCGAUUAAAACAUUCAACAACGAGACGUCGCACGUGUACUGAUGCUUUGAAAUGUAGUUAAUCGCU